CCUGGCCCCGCCCUUCCGCCUCGCCGAGCGGCGAACUCCGGGGAAGAAGCCGGUUGGCCGAGGCGAGACGGAGGCCGCGGGCGCGUGGCGGUCGGCCGCUCGCUCCGCGCCCUGAACUCUGCCGGUUCGAGUCCCGCCGGGAGGCAGCGAGGCGCGCCUGAAACAAUGGAGGAGCUGAGCCAAGCUCUCGCUUUCAGCUUUGCUGUCUCCCAGGACCUCAACAGCACAGCAGCACCACACCCCCGGCUGGCACAGUACAAAUCCAAGUACAGCUCCUUGGAGCAGGCAGAGAGGCGACGGCAGCUCCUUGCAUUUCAGAAAACUAAGCGAUUGGAUUAUGUCAACCAUGCUAGGAGGCUGGCAGAGGAUGAUUGGACAGGCACCGAGGAGGAGGAGGAGGAGGAGAAGGAGAAGGAGGGGGCAGGUGCAGACAGUGCAGACAUGGAGAUGGAAGUCGGGACGAAGCUACCAAAACGCUACGCCAACCAGCUGAUGCUGUCUGAAUGGCUGAUUGACGUGCCCCCAGAUUUGGUGCAGGAGUGGCUGCUGGUGGUGUGCCCUGUGGGGAAGAGGGCUCUUAUUGUGGCAUCUCAGGGCUCCACUGCAGCUUACACCAAAAGCGGUUUCUGUGUCAACCGAUUCCCUUCUCUUUUGCCAGGUGGGAGUCGCCAUACUUCAGCCACAGGGAAAGAAUACACAAUCCUGGACUGCAUCUACAGCGAGGCCCAGCAGAUGUACUACAUCCUCGAUGUGAUGUGUUGGCGGGGACACCCUGUGUACGACUGCCAGACAGACUUCAGGUUCUAUUGGCUGCAUUCAAAAAUGCAGGAAGAGGAUGGCCUGGGAAAGAAAAGCCGUCUUAAUCCAUUUAAAUUUGUGGGACUGCAGAGUUAUUCCUGCACACCGGAAAGCCUGUGCAAGGUUCUGGCCACAGAUUUCCCCUUUGAGGCAACCAAGCAAUUCCUUGAAGAGAUUAACAAGUGGACAGUCCAAUACAAUGUGUCUCCCCUUUCUUGGAAUGUGGCAGUCAAAUUCCUCAUGGCCAGGAAAUUCGAUGUCCUGCGAGCGAUUGAGCUCUUCCAUUCCUACAGGGAAACCAGGCUGAAGGAAGGGAUCGUGAAGCUGAAGCCUCAUGAGGAACCUCUCCGCUCAGAGCUGCUUAGUGGAAAGUUCACCAUCCUGAGCGUACGAGAUCCCACUGGAGCAUCGAUUGCCCUCUUCACUGCCAAGUUGCACCAUCCCAACAAAAGCAUCCAACAUGUGGUCCUCCAAGCGCUCUUCUACUUGCUGGACAGAGCUGUGGAGAGCUUCGAAACUCAGCGAAAUGGCCUGGUAUUUAUAUAUGACAUGGCAGGCUCCCACUAUACCAACUUUGAGCUGGAUCUCAGCAAGAAAAUCCUGAACCUUCUGAAGGGAGCCUUCCCAGCCCGUCUCAAGAAGGUAUUCAUUGUGGGUGCUCCUAUGUGGUUCCGAGUUCCAUACUCCAUCAUCAGCCUGCUGCUUAAAGAGAAACUCCGGGAAAGGGUCCAGAUGGUGAAGAUGUCUGAGCUGAAGGAGCACCUGCCCCAAGAGUGUCUCCCCGAGUACCUGGGCGGAUCCCUCAAACUAGAUCCCCUCAGCUGGAACUGCAGGUUCCUCCCACAGCAGAACGGCCACCCGGACCCCCUUGAUGAGCUGAUUCUGGUGCCACUGGCAUCCCCCCGGGACAACGGCUCGGUGCACACGCCGGGGCCAAAGGCCAUGACGGUGCAGGAGGUGCUGGAGCACGUCACCCAGAAGCAGAAGCGGGGCAUCUAUGAGGAGUACGAAGGCAUCCGGCGCAGGAGCCCGGCAGGAACAUUUGCCUGCUCCUUGUCUCCCUUCAACCAGGAGAAGAACAGAUAUGGGGAUGUGCCGUGCCUUGACCAAACGAGGGUGAAGCUGUCCAAGCAAUUCAGCUAUCCAGAGCUGACAGAUUACAUCAACGCCAGUUUCAUGGAUGGCUACAAGCAGAGGAAUGCAUACAUUGGCACCCAAGGGCCGUUAGAGAACACAUAUGGUGACUUCUGGCGCAUGGUGUGGGAGCAAAAUGUGCUGGUGAUAGUCAUGACUACGAGGCUGGAAGAAGGAGGCAGACGGAAGUGUGGCCAAUACUGGCCAUUGGAGAAAGACUUCCAGACUUGCUAUGGAAACCUGACGGUCACCAAUCUGGGAAUAGAGAACCUCAACCAUUACAAGAAAACCAUUCUGGAGAUCUACAACUUUGAGAGCCGCGAGAGGCGACUGGUGACCCACUUCCAGUAUGUGAGCUGGCCUGACUAUGGUGUCCCGACCUCAGCAGCAACUCUCAUCGACUUCCUGGGGGCUGUCAAACAUCAGCAGAGGGUGGCUGCCAGUGCCUUGGGGCCACGCUACAAAGGCCAUCCUGGUGGGCCACCUAUUGUGGUGCAUUGCAGUGCUGGCAUUGGCAGGACAGGUACCUUCUGUGCUCUGGACAUCUGCCUGUCUCAACUGCAGGACGUGGGCACGCUGAACGUGCAGCAGACAGUGGUGCGGAUGAGGACGCAGCGAGCUUUCAGCAUCCAGACCCCUGAGCAGUACUACUUCUGCUACUUGGCCAUCAUUGAGCAUGCGCAGAGAGAGAACCUGCUCCCUUCCUCCUACGCCUGGGCAGGGAAGGAGAAGAGCUAAUAGGAAUCCUGGCCCAGCGGCCACAGAGCAGUUUCCUCCCUUCCUCCCUCUUGACCAAACCAGAUUUGUCAGCAUCUUCAGAUGCAGCUUUGCCCAGAACACUGAUUUGAGCCAAUUUUUCUGCCGCUGAGGCUAUCAGAAACUUUCUGUUUGACUAGCUGGCUAGCUCAAGUCGCAACUAGUAGCCAUGGGCUAUGAAGGCUUGCAUUCUCCAAGACUAGCACCCUUGAUUGAACUGUGCCUUAUUAAAAAAAGAACAAACCAAACUUCUGGUCCUGACUUGCCACUGGAGGCAAACAGGGAGAAGAUGGAACUCCUUGCCAUGUCAGUGUCCUCCACCUUCUAGAGACAGAGGGGGUGCUGCUUUCCUGGUUCUGAUGCAGAAGGGGACCCUUUCCAGUUAUAUCCAAGGCCAGGAUAGAAGAAGAUUUCCGUCUUGCCCACCACUGAAUCUAGGUGUUUUCUUCUCUGUAUGUACUUAAUACACACUCCUCGUUCAAAGAUGUAGCCAGUAUUUUCUUUGCAUAAAUAUGAUGCAGAGUCCUAAUAUCUUACAGGGACCUAAUAUCUUACAGGGACCUUUGUAUUGAGUGGCAGCGUCAGUGUUAUGAAUUAUGUUAAUGGUUCUUGUCUGCCCAGCCUGCCCAAGGUUGGUCUUGCCCACUGUGCCAUCCCAGUUCACCCACUGAUGUAGCUUCAACAUACACACACUUGCAAGGGCACACCUGUUGUGCAGAGGUGUACAGGUUGCGUGCAAGUUAUGAUGUCGUAUCACACAAAUGCCGCAGUGCCUGGUGUGUGUGUGUGUGUGUCCAUGUGAUGUUGCCACAGCAGGAUGCACCCUUAACCUGCAAGGAUCCUCCGUGCCACAUCCCAGUGGGAUUCUUCUCCCCUGCCUUCACCUUUCUUGCCCGUGAUUGUAUCUUAAGUCUGCAGAAAAGGUUAUUAGCUGGGGUGCAGAUCUGUGGGUCUCUUUUCCUGCGAUGUGGGGCGGGGCAUGUGGAACCCACUUGCAGUUUUGCUGCUAGCCAGGAAUGCUAGGCAGUUGUUGGUACGAAGGACUCAGCAGGGGACAGUGUGGAUGUGAGUGGCCAAAUAAGUGGGGCUUAACCCCCAAACAUCUGGGAGAAGGGAGGUAGAGGAAGGAGACUUGAUAUCGGGCCUCAGAUCUGUUCUCUCCCACAGCCCCUCCUCUCCGACAAAACCUUGAAAGCCAAUUUUGUUUAAGUGGGGGAAUUCUUGCUCUCUACAUCCAGUUCUUUCUCCUUGCGCAGCCUGCCAGUGACAAGACUGGGAGCUCCCGUUUUCUUAAAGCAGGCUGACAGCCACCCUCCACCCCAAUUUCUGCUUGGAGAGGAGGAGGGUGGCAUCUGAGCUGCCCUCAGUAACUUUAUACUGGAAUAAGCUCUUUUAAUGCGCAUAUUUUUUAUUUUUUACAAUCCCUUUUUCUUUCUUUCUCUCCCUUUCUUUCUCAGUUUUGUAUUUAACAUUAACUUGAUCAAGUCCGAAUUGGAGAUAACUGUAAAUGUUCCUAUUUGCUAUUGUAUGGCAAUUUCUUUCUCUCCCUCCCUCUCUCUCUCUCUCUCUCUCUUGUAUUUGCAAAUAAAUAUACCUACAACCCA